UCCAUCUCAGAGAAAAAGCCCCUUCCACUUUCUUCCUGCGUCUAGAGUACUCUACCUUCUUACACCCCCCCAAUCUCUCUUUUCUCCUCGCCUCCCCCUUAUACUUUUUUCCACCUUUUCUUCCCCUUUGAAAUAGUAGAGCCGUACCUUGAGAGCGCGUUGAAGAAUAUUAUUUUCAACCCCACUUCCGUUAUCGAAUUCAUCCUCUCAGCAACAUUUUGUUUGCCACACGGGACCUACUCGGGAUUGUACCGUACUUAUCCGACGAAACGAAGCGAAACGGCCUGUGUUCUGUUUACUACCCACUUGGACCGCUUCAACCUCCCCACCCUUCUCUUCCACCUCACCCCGCCACUCGUCCAUCAUCCCAGGAACAACACAGCAACAGUUCCUUGGAUUACCUCGACCCUAGGCCCUUCUACCUAGUAUUUAGCUAUACUCUUCCGAACCUUUCGACAUGGCUGAAUUCGUCCGCGCUCAGAUCUUUGGAACAACUUUCGAGAUUACAAGCAGAUACACUGAUCUGCAACCCGUGGGCAUGGGUGCCUUUGGUCUCGUCUGCUCCGCCAAAGAUCAGCUGACCACUCAGUCCGUCGCUAUAAAGAAGAUCAUGAAGCCCUUCAGCACGCCGGUUUUGUCCAAGAGAACUUACCGUGAGCUGAAACUGCUCAAGCACUUGCGGCAUGAGAAUGUCAUUAGUCUUAGCGAUAUCUUCAUAUCUCCUCUGGAGGACAUUUACUUCGUCACUGAGCUUCUUGGUACUGAUCUGCACCGAUUAUUAACCUCUCGGCCGUUGGAAAAGCAGUUCAUCCAGUACUUUCUAUACCAGAUUCUGCGCGGACUGAAAUACGUUCAUUCCGCUGGCGUCGUUCAUCGUGACCUGAAACCUAGCAACAUUUUAGUCAACGAGAAUUGUGAUCUCAAAAUCUGCGAUUUCGGUCUUGCUCGGAUUCAGGAUCCCCAGAUGACCGGCUAUGUCUCUACAAGGUACUACCGCGCACCGGAGAUUAUGCUCACAUGGCAAAAGUACGAUGUCGAGGUGGAUAUCUGGAGUGCGGGAUGUAUAUUUGCGGAGAUGCUCGAAGGAAAGCCGCUGUUCCCAGGGAAAGACCACGUCAACCAGUUCUCGAUUAUCACUGAGCUUCUUGGAACUCCCCCUGAUGAUCCUUAUCCCCCCCUUUUUUCCAUUCGUCCAGUCCCUCCCAAAGAGGGAGCGCCAACCUCUUUCCGAGAAAUUCAAAAACGCAGAUCCGCUUGCAAUCGACUUGUUGGAACACAUGCUCCUUUGGCCCACGAAUAUUUGGCACCUUACCAUGAUCCUACGGACGAGCCGGUGGCAGGAGAGAAGUUCGAUUGGUCCUUCAACGAUGCAGACCUGCCCGUUGAUACAUGGAAAAUCAUGAUGUACUCAGAGAUUUUGGAUUAUCACAAUGUAGAUGGGUCCGCUCAGUCAUAGAGUGAUGAGUGGCUAGUUUUGAGAAGUUCGGGUGAUGGGGCCCGCAUUGCCCUUCAAUUCUUCUUUGUGUACUCUUCGGUUUUGGACCUUUAGUGGUUUCAUGUCUAGUUUUCUAUUCCCUUUCGGCGUAUACAACAUGUAUUUCUCUACCAAUUUUUUCAUUGUACCGUGGGCCAGAUUGAAUCUGAGCCUUAGUUAGUUGCAGGUUGUACGAAGAGGGCAGCAUAAGGGCCUCCGAGGGUUGGGGGACGAUGGGGCAUGAGAAAACAAACACCUUUUUCCCCA